AUGGUUAAAGCUUUAAUUGCACUUUCUUCUUACGACGGCGCUUUCUACGAUGACGGUUCCAAGACCGGUGUCUACUUCGUGGAGGCUUACCACCCAUGGGAGUACUUCCACAAGCAGGGAGUCGAUGUGACGUUUAUUUCUGAAACUGGUACUUUUGGCUGGGACGAACACUCAAUUGCCGAUUCUGCUUUGCAAGGCGAGGAGAAGAAGGUCUAUGACGACUCGAACUCUGCGUUUAACAAGGCUGUUCAGGGCGUGAAGAAGCCCUCUGACGUCAAGGCUUCUGACUAUGACAUCUUCCUUGCUGCUGGUGGCCAUGGCGCUGCUUUCGAUUUCCCAAAGGCUGAAGGUUUGCACAAGUUGGCUGCUGAGCUUUAUGCUAACGGUAAGGCUGUUGCUGCUGUUUGCCAUGGUCCAUUGAUCUUUGACAACUGGAAGUCUGCUUCUGGUGAGACCAUCAUCAGAGGAAAGAAGAUCACUGGUUUCUCUGAUGAUGGUGAGAAACAGCUUGGUGUUGUUGAGGCCAUGAAGAAGUACGGCUUGUCUACUCCAAGAGAGGCUGCUGAGCGUAAUGAUGCUCUCUAUGUCGAGCCACCUGCUCCAUGGGAAGCUUUUGUGGUUGUUGAUGGUAACUUGAUUAGCGGUGUCAACCCUGCCUCUGCUACUAAGACUGCUGAGAAGUCUCUUGCUGUGGUUUCUUAA